AUGAUUGCUAGACCGCUGAGAAAUGUUGCCAGAGUAGUAUUCAAGAGAUUACAGCACUCAGCUGCCGAAUCUGCAUCUACUGCCAAGGCUUCCGGCUUCAACAACAAAUUCAAUUUCAACAUAAACCCACCUAAUGUGCAUGAAUACUGGAACUACCGCAAUGCCAGUGUGUUAUUGGCAGUUAUUCCCGUUUACUUAGGUGUUGGCUAUGUAGCCAAGUAUCUCGGGGCCAAUCUUGACGGCUUUGAGGGUCUCAUUGAGUUUGCUGACAACGAUCAGUUGAAGACUCUCAAGUUUGGUGAGCCACAGACGAAGUAG